AUGGAACCGGAGAAUAAUACAAGAAUUCCAGAAUUUCUUCUUCUGGGGCUUUCAGAGGAACCCAAAUUACAACCCUUCAUGUUUGGGAUUUUCCUGUUCAUGUAUCUGAGCACCAUGAUUGGAAAUCUGCUCAUCAUCCUGGCCACCAUCUCAGACUCCCAUCUGCACACUCCCAUGUACUUCUUCCUCUCCAACUUGUCAUUCAUAGACAUCUGUUUCACCUCCACCACCAUCCCAAAGAUGUUGGUGAAUAUCCAGACACAGAGCAAGGUCAUCACCUAUGCAGGCUGCAUCACCCAGAUGUUCUUUUUCAUGCUCUUUGCAGCAUUAGAUGACUUUCUCCUGACUGUGAUGGCCUAUGACAGGUUUGUGGCCAUCUGUCACCCUUUACAUUACAUGAUCAUCAUGAACCCCUGGCUCUGUUUGUUGCUGAUUUUGUUGUCCUGGAUCAUAAGUGUCCUGACUUCAUUAUUACAUAGCUUAAUGGCUUUGCGUCUGCCCUUCUGUAUGCCAUUGAAAAUCCCCCAUUUUUUCUGUGAACUCAAUCAGGUUAUCCAUCUUUCCUCCUAUGAUACGUUUCUUAAUGACAUGGUGAUCUAUUUUGCAUCUGUACUGUUGGCUGGGCUUCCCCUCGCUGGGAUUCUUUAUUCUUACUGCAAAAUAGUUUCUUCCAUUCAUGCAAUCUCAUCAGCUCAGGGGAAAUAUAAAGCAUUUUCCACCUGUGUUUCUCAUCUCUUGGUUGUCUCUUUAUUUUAUUGUACAACUAUAAGUGUGUACCUUAGUUCUGCUACUACCCACAGCUCACACUCAAGUGCAACAGCCUCAGUGAUGUACAGUGUGGUCACACCCAUGUUGAACCCCUUUAUCUACAGUUUGAGGAAUAAAGACAUAAAGAGGGCACUGAAAAAUCUCCUUUGGAGGGAAAGUAUCAAAACAUAA